GCCAGUUUCUUGGACAUCGUAUUUUAACGUAUCUGAGACUGGUAUGAUUGUUCUGGUGGAACAACUUGACCGAGAAACACAGUCUUCGUUCACGCUCUUUAUCAAGGCAUAUCAGACGGACAAACCUACUGAGAAAGUGAAUUUCACGACCGUCCAUAUCAACGUGGUAGACGUAGAUGACCAUCUUCCCAAGAUGUCCAAGGAUAUAUACAAUGUUUCAAUCAUGGAAAACAGCCAGCCCGGCACCAUAGUAGCUGUUUUGUCAGCAACGGAUCCAGACCUGGGUGCAAAUGGAGCAUUUCAGUUUAAAUAUGAUUUUAAAUCAUUGAACAACACCUCCUACCUAAAUUGUAACGAGAGUACAGGUCUAAUUACUGUUGGCAGCAAACUAUUAGAUAGAGAGGAAAUUGAAAAAAUUACAAUUGAUGUGUAUGCUUAUCGCUUGAACAAUCCAACGAGAAAAAGCAACCUUAGCAGAGUUGCUAUUUGGAUUGAAGAUGAAAACGACAAUUCACCAAAUAUCAGUGGACAACUAAACUAUUCUAUCCUGAAGACACUUGGGGUUGGACAGAAUAUCACAAAGUUGGAUGUUUCUGAUCCCGACGCCGGUUCAAACGGGAAGGUCAAUGUUACCCUCGAAAGUACGGAUGUGCCCUUUGAUAUCCUUAGCAAUGAGAUCGAUAUUCGAGUUGCUCGAUCUAUGAAUGAGACGUUUAAAAAAGUUUAUCACUUGUUGGUAAAGGCGGAGGAUCAAGCUGAAAUCCAAUCGGAAAGGAGGAUAUCAUUUGUCGAGGUCACUAUUAACGUUAAGGAUGUAAACAUUCACGAGCCAGAUGUCAAUGUUACUUCACUCGUCGAUCUAACGGAGGAGCUUCCUAUCAAUUCUGUUGUUACAGACUUUGAGGCCUCAGACAAAGACCCAGAUGACCACAUUACCUGUACAGUCGGCGGGACAUCAAGUGACAAGUUCAAAAUCGAAGAUUACACAGUUGUAACCACGGCAGUUUUAGAUCGUGAGGUGGAUACAGAAUACAAUAUUUCUGUGAACUGCAACGACACAAAAUAUGUAACAAGUGAACCAAUUUCAGUCAAGUUAUUGGAUGUCAAUGAUAACGUCCCGCAGUUCGAAAAAGCUACGUACUUUUUCGAGAUCGAAGAAAGUAAAAAUGAGACUAUAGGAACGGUUCAUGCUACUGAUGACGAUUUUGGAAACAACUCGAAGAUAAAUUAUUUCCUGGAGACUGGAUCACAAUGGCGUCAAAAUAUUUCUGUUGGUCUAUUUAAUGGACAAAUUACUACUAGACAUCCACUUGAUAGAGAAGUUUUAGCCAGUGGGACGAAUGUUUCAUUUCUUGUAUUUGCGAAGGAUAGCGGAUCCCCGUCUCUUGAGAACCAAACUCUGGUGAUCGUGAAAGUUCUGGAUAUUAACGACAACCCACCGAUGUUUAACAGUCCGAAUAAAACAAUCAACAUAACCGAAAAAACGCCAUUAAACCUAUUAACAAGCAUAUACAAUGCUAAGGCUGUUGAUCCUGAUAAUGGAGAGAAUGGUACAGUGGUUUAUAACAUAGGAGGACGAGAUUCAUCUAGGUUUUCAAUCAACAAUACAACAGGAAGCAUUGGUGUUAAAAAUGAACUGACUAUAACAAACUGCACGGAUCCCUAUCUGAAGUUUAUUGUGAUUGCUAAAGACACGGGAUCGCCGCCUAAAAGUGCUCAACAGGAUGUCACUAUCAACAUAAAGGAUAUAAACGACCAUGCACCUGAGUUUGUGACUGGACUAAGCCUUGAACCAGUGGCUGAGCCAGGAAUCAAGGGUGUGCCGUUUAAUUACACCGUUAACGGAACACGCCUGGGAGAUGGAGAUGUAAUUGCGACAGACGAUGAUUGUGACGAGGCUUUCAGAACUCUACAUUUCUGGAUGAAGGUCAGCGAUGGUAGGUUUCACAUGGACAACACGACUGGUGUCAUUUCUCUUCGUCCCGCCGCAACUCUCGACCAUGAUCCGCCACAGAAUGACAACAAUAUCACUUUUAAAGUUUUUGUUUCCGAUGGAAUACACGUAGUCAGUAAAACUAUCCAAUUGGAAGUGACUAAUAUCAUAUUCGACGUCAAACCGAGAUUUACACAAGACCGAUACAACUGUUUCGUUAAUGAAACACUCGACUGGAAGGAAGAAGAUUGCUGUGUAGAAAUACUUUAUCCAGAAAGUAAUUCGACACUUAUAGACUUGUUUAAAUUCUUUACGAGGGAUCCAAGGUUCAAUUUUACAGUAAAGCAUGGUAAAGCAUGUCUUCGUGUGUCAGCCCUCGACUACGAAGAAUUAGGUCUAAGCCCUGUUAUCAUAAAUAUAACAGCAUAUAUCCCUGGAGUAAAAAAUGUUCUUUCUAGGAGCAGCAUUGCCAUUAACAUUCUAAACGUGAAUGACGAGACGCCGAUGUUUGAAAGUGCCUACUACAACUUCUCAAUAUAUGAGGCGCAGGAAGUUAGAACGCUAAUCGGUGUUCUUGGUGCAAAUGAUCCCGAUGGUGAUGAAAAAUUAACUACGGCCAUUGUCAAUGGGAUUAAAGAUUUUGAUAUGGACGGGUGGAAGCUGCUUUCAAAAAGAACUUUUGAUUUUGAAAACGUUAGUGAAAGAAUGUUCAUUGUAAAUGUGUCCGUCUCUGAUGGUAGACAUGUUAACUACACAUCGGUUGAAGUGAACGUCAAACCCGUGAAUGAAUAUCCACCGGUCGUAAACAUUUCAUCUACCACGUUUGUGAAGGAAAACGAACAGUUGGUCAUACCGUUUAAGGUGACUGAUGAAGACGAUGGGAAAGACGGGAAUGUAGAAUGCUUUCUUUUUGCUCCGAAAUGGAUAAGUAUCGAGCUCCGUGGUUGCAGUAACAUUACGUUACCAGGAGUUGACUUUGAACAGCUUGGAAAUCACACUGUCCUUGAGCUUAUGUUGGAGGCUAGGGAUCAGGGGAACCCGUCUUUAGAUACGGUCGUGAACUUUACAGUAACUGUUGAAGCGGUCAACGACAACGUGCCUUACUUCAGAGAAAAAUAUAUCAAUGUGUCUGUACCAGAGGGACCCAUACACCAAUGCCUUUACGUUGCACGGGCAUACGACAAAGAUGUGUCUGUUGGCAGCGAAAUUCAAUUUAGUAUUAGGAAAGAAGAUCCAAACAUCACGGUAUCUAAAAAUGGAAGUGUCUGUCUUAACGGCGAUUUCUGGAUAACUGCAGACAACAAUGGCAAAAUUUCAUUUGAAAUAAUAGUUGAUAAUACAGUUCCUUAUAAGCUGAAAAAUAACAGUUCACUAACUUCGGACAACCAAACAGUAACUGUGAAUCUCUUGGACAUAAACAACCGAAAACCGGCGUUUGAUCAUCCUGUUUACAAUAUUUCUGUAAAUGAAUGCAAAAAGGGUGGAUUAAACUUAACAAGAGUACACGCAACAGAUGCCGAUGAAACGCCAGCAUUCAACACGGUUCACUAUUCAAUGGUUCCAAGCAAUGUAUCUGGACAUUUUUCAAUUGACUCCUCGAGCGGAGACGUUGUCCUCGUUAAACCUGUAGAUUUUGAUACCUUGCCACCGAAUAAUAACCCGCUUGUAAUCGAGGUGCACGCUGGUGAUGGGGCGGCAAACCAUUCGGAUACAGCUACCGUUCGUGUCACCGUACUUGGCUGUAAUGACAACAGACCUUCUUUCACAAAAGAGUGGUACAAUUGUUCUGUGCACGAAAGAGAUCGGAACCUGACCUGCAAUGUGACGGCAAUCGAUGCUGACAGAGAUCAACCAGUUAACCUAACCUAUUCCAUCGUUGGCAACAAGCAAGGAUUUUACAUCGACAACCACAAUGGCAAAAUAUUUAUCAAUAGCACACAGCUUGACUUCGAGACUAGACAACGAUAUGACCUGAAUGUGUCUGUGCACGAUGGCAACUUUAUUAGUUAUGCGACAGUGUUUGUAGUUGUUAUAAACGAUAACGACGCGAAACCGAGCUUUACUGGCCUUCCCUACCAGUUGGAGGUGUUGGAAAAUAGAUACGUGAAAGUGUUGCAGGUGCAAGUCGCAGAUAUUGACAGCUCGGAAAACACUUUAAAAUACUACAUUAAUGACACACAAAGCGAUUGUAAAGCAAACGACUUCUUCUUUUUGAACAAUACGGCAGUGCUUUACGUAAAUCAUUCGAAUGCAGAAAGCUACAGGAGUGGUGGCGGAAAGUGCAGAUUGUUAAUCUAUGUAACUGAUGGCCAGGACAACGAUACGGCAGACGUGAAUGUAACAAUUCUUGACGAAAAUGAGUUUGCACCCGAAAUAGUCUCAAACGGAACGCUGACGUUGAAUGAUACCACGACCGUACUUACAACUGUUCUAGAAGUCGAUGUGACCGAUGCUGAUCUAACACACAGUAAUUUCUCUUAUUUUCUUCACAACAGCGAUGGUCAUUUUGAAAUUGAUAAAAACACGGGGAAUGUUACUCUAGUAAAGUCAAUACGGAAUGAGGCUCAAGCGUACAACUUCACAGUUGUUGUUUUGGACAGUGGAUCUCCUCCUCGGGACUCCAUGAAAACAUUUAACGUAGCUGUAGUCGACGUCAACGAGCCUCCAGUGUUAAACGAAUUACCUAUGCCAAUCUACGUCCAGCAACACACCAUUGCGAACACAACAGUUUUUGUUGUAAGUGCUACAGACCCUGACAUUGACGAUGCGAACAAACAUAUGAUAUUCACUUUAAAAGAUCCAAAUGGAUAUUUUGCCAUUACUGAAAACGGUUCAGUGUAUGUGAAUAGAACAUUAGAUACCAAAGUAAACAUUUCUCUGGAAAUAAGAGUUACUGAUGCUGGUGGUUUAUUCCAUGCUAACAAUUACACGGUCGUUGUUCCAUAUAUGAAUACCACGAAUAUCAACAAGACAUGGCCAGAGAAUGAGAUUGGGAAUAUUGAUCUCAUCAGUUUAGGCUCGUCUUCCUUCAAGCUACAACAGUCUGCUUAUUCCGGAUUUUUUGUAAUGCAUGACAAUGGGAGUGUUUCCAUAACAACUUCAUUCGACAGAGAAGAACUUGAAUCUGUUUCAAUUACGGUCUUUGGAUAUGAUGAACACAGGGUCAUCGUCUUAAACCUGACAGUUUAUAUAGAAAUUACGGACAUGAAUGAUUGCCCACCUAAGCUGUCGGACACAUACCAGUUUUCUGUUGACGACGAUACUCCUCUGGGGACCAUGUUUGCAGAAAUUGUCGCUUCGGAUGGAGACGGCCUUCCUGAGAACAGAAACGUUUCGUACACAUCAACUGAUAUCGAGGGAUUUUAUUUAUUCUCGAAUGGAAGUCUUGCUGUGGGGAACAUUACCUACGGAAAAAGUGUUUACAUUUUUAAUGUGACGGCUAGUGACGGUUCCAACGAGGAAACGGCCAUUGUUGAAAUAGCAAUCGUUGAUACAAACGACCAUUCCCCUGUAUUUGGGAACAACUCAUACACAUUCAAGUUUAUGGAAAACAUCAAUGGAACUGUUGCUCACGUCGAUGCGACCGACAUUGAUUCUGCACAAAAUGGAAAUAUCAGCUACUAUAUAUUUGCUGGGGAUUCAAAAGGGCACUUUAAAAUGAAGGGGAACGUACUGUCUGUCCAGUCCACGUUAGACAGAGAAGAUACAGCCGUGUACAACCUCGCCAUAGCUGCUGUCGACCAUGCCGCACAUAACCCUCGAACGGGCAUGUGUACAGUAACGGUGAUUGUGGAAGAUGAUAAUGAUAAUGCACCAACAUUUAACAGUGGACAACCUGUUGGAUACAUCAAAGAAAACGCCGCUAACUCUAGUAUGGUGCAAAUGAAUCAAACAAUAUAUGCGACUGACAUUGAUAAUGGAAGCAAUGGAACUUCAGGAAUUAUCUACAGAUUAAAUGGAAACAAUACGUUUAAAAUUAAUGGUGCGACAGGAAUAAUUACUGUUCAAGGGCCUUUGGACAGGGAAGAGACUCCAGAGUAUAAUAUUACGAUUACAGCAGUCGACUCCUAUGGGAACACGUCUUAUUCUAGGUCUUCGUCUAUUGACAUAAUAAUAUAUGUGCAGGAUGUCAAUGAUAACAGGCCCAAUUUUACAAAGAGCUUAUACACAUUUAAUGUCAUUGAAAACUCGACAGUGUUCACUUUAGCUGGGAAUGUAACUGCGGUGGAUGUCGAUGAGUCCAGCCAAAACAACGUACGAUACGAUAUUGUAGACGGUGAUGGAGAAUCGUUCUAUAUAGAUAGAUAUAAUGGUAGCUUAUUUGUCGUCGGGAAAUUGAACAAGAACGAAUAUGAGCUGAAUAUUCCUCUUCUGAUGGAAAAUACUUUGAUUUUGCAACGGUGUUCAUAAAC